CGGCCUGGUCGGCCGUAGUAUCCUUGACUGUUUAAGCAAGUUGCACUCCUACUACAUACUACUUAGUACUCUCUCAUCCACAGCGCUUUCCUCAAUUUUUUGCAUCAUCCUCGUUGCAGAAGCAAGCCUUACUCAUAAUCUCCUUGCUUUUGCUUUCUCAACGCUCCAUCGUAAUAAUGGACAUCGUCAUCCGUACAUCGCAGAAUCCAUUGUUCGGGCGCUUGUGAUGUCCAAAACACUUCGCACUACACCCUUCUUGUCGUUCGAAGGCGGCGGCGCUGAAUGGAUACGAACGCGUCCACGUAAUUUAUUGUCUGCGCGGGGAUCACACAUAGGCGCUCUACAGAGUACAUGAACUCGAUGAACAGGGAAGGCUGGGGCAGUCAACCAUGCGCACAUCUACAAAACGGUCUCCCAAGUCCCUUGCCCCAUCUGCUCCGUCUGCCCAGCCAAUCGACGAUGUCGGCGCUGAGUGUUCUUCGGGCGAAUCUGUGUCCGUGCAUGAACCCAACACUGGGAUGAUCGGCGUUGGACUUUCUGACCCAGGGAUCGCGAAAGCCCGCCGGCAGAUGCUCGAUUUGGUUAACCGGAUGAAGAACACUGGUGUCCAAAACGAUAUCGACCUGCCACAGAUCGCCGUCAUUGGGAACCAGAGCGCGGGCAAAUCAUCUCUCAUCGAGUCCAUUUCUGGUAUCACUCUCCCGCGUGCUGCAGGGACUUGCACUCGUUGUCCCACUGAAAUCCGUCUAUCGCAUGCAGACGAUAGCAUUUGGGGCUGCAUUGUUGAAUUGCGCGUAAUCACCGACAAGAAUGGACAGCCGCUCGGUCAAGCCCGCAACGAGCGGUUUGGCGAACCCAUCACCGACAGGGCCGACGUCGAAGAUCGAAUCAGACGCGCUCAACGUGCCAUCCUGAAUCCAAGCAAGCCCGCUCGUUCAUUCCUGUCCGACGACGAGGAUGAAAAUGAGCCCUCUGAGCUGUCGUUCUCGACCAAUUAUAUCUCGCUACAAAUCACCGGGCCAGACAUUAGUGAUCUGGCGUUUGUCGAUUUGCCUGGCUUGAUUGCUAGCGUCAGUCGAGGUGGUGACAAUCGCGACAUCAAGAUGGUGGAGAACUUGGUCGCAUCGUACAUCUCCAAGCCCAGCUGUGUUAUUCUUCUGACUGUGGCCUGCGAAACCGAUUUUGAAAACCAGGGUGCCCAUAACCUGACGAAGCAAUACGAUCCACUGGGCAAACGAACCAUCGGCGUGCUCACAAAACCCGAUCGUAUCCCGUCAGGCGAGGAAAGCAACUGGAUCCCUUUCAUUCGUAACGAACAGGAGACGCUUGAGAACAACUGGUAUUGUGUCAAGCAGCCAAGUUCUCAGGACAUCAAGCUCGGUAUCACCUGGCAGAAUGCCCGUUCCGCGGAAAACGAUUUUUUCUCUUUCACCUCGCCGUGGUCCGAACUUGACCAGAUGUACCAGAAGUACCUGCGCACCACCAAUCUAGUAGAUCGCCUCAGCUCGAUUCUAUCCGAUUUGAUCUCUAAACGUCUGCCCGAGAUCCAGGUGGAGUUGGAGAAGACUAUCCAGAAAACGCUUGCUACACUGCAACAACUUCCGAAACCGCCCUCUCCUGAUCCGAUCGGUGAGGUCGCGGGAAUGAUGCACUCGCUCGUGGGCGAAAUCAAUCGUGUCAUUGACGGGGUUCCCACUGCCGACGGGCUGUUGCAAGUCAUUCGUCCCGCACAAGAAAGCUUCCGCUCUCAAAUUCGCGCAACUGCACCUGACUUCCGGCCUUUCGAGAGCGGUUCUCCUGUCAUAGAAGACUUUCACGAGCCUCAGUUUUUGACAAAUGAGGAUGGUCAGUCAUCUGGCAUGACAACCUUGGUUGCCGGCAGAGAAAAACCCAUCUUCAUUGACGAAGUCAUGCAACGUGCCACGGCCGCACGGACUCGUGAACUGCCUGGUCACCAUCCGUUUGUUGUCCAGACCUCGUUCAUCUCUGAAGUGACCCAAAAAUGGGCCUUACCAGCUCAAGUUCUCUGCAGAAUGGUUCACUCCGCCCUUUCGCAGCAUAUCAGGGAUGUCAUCUCAAAGCAGUUGGGCUCAUUCGGACAAGGCGCACUGGAGCAACGAGUCACGCAAGUUGCCAGCUGCAGGAUUUUGACCCCAAUGCUGACUUUCCACAGAUUGCUCAUGCAGGAACACCUUCGCCGAUGCUCUGAAAAUGCCCAGAAUCUUAUCGCGAAGCUCAUUUCCCUGGAGCAGAGCGGCUCCUUGACGCUGAAUGAGCAUUAUCUUGCCGAUUACAGGUCCAAAUUCCUUUCAUUCUACAAGCAAACACGCCAGAACAGCAAGAAUCCCGGUCUCGCUCGCAAUAUUCAGAGUUACAAGUCGGUUUCAUGGGGUAAAGAGACCGAUAUCUCCACGGCUUUGAGCAACUUGGCUGCGGUUGGACUGCAAGGUGUAAAGGCGGAGGAUCUCGUGAAGCUGCUUCCUCCUGAUCGGAUGGAUGCAGCACUUGAAAUUAUGUCGGACGUGCGAGCCUAUUUCCAGGUUGCUUACAAACGCAUCACGGAUAACGUUCCACUCGCGAUCGACUAUGAGCUCAUCCGUGCUGUCGGUCGCGACCUGUUGCCCACCCUCUACAGCGGGCUCGGCAUCAACGGCCCGGAGGGUCUUCGGAUCUGCCCGCUAGCCUCGUUCACUUCCGCUUCCGAGACGCAAUAUCCUUUCCACGCCAUAGACAAUCAGCGCAGCACGUGGGACUUUGAUGUUGAACCCAAUCCGAAUGCAACUGGCCAGCUUGUCUUCGAUACUGUGAGCUCGUUUCUUCAACAUUGGCCAAAUACGCGGUACCGAAACGGACAUAAUAUUGUUCCUGGCAUUGUACCUAUCGGAACGCUUCUGUAUCAUGGCCGCGCAGACUCCAAUCUGCCGACAGUGCCCGAAUGGACCGCGACAGAUCCGGAGCACUCUUACUUAUUCUGUUGGGGCUCCUCUGAGGCUGGCUGCUGGCAUCUUACAUUGGUCGCCACAAGACCUCUGAGGGUUUUAUACUUUGACGGGUCCAGCGCUGCCAAGAUGCCGAACGGCCCCAUGGAUUCUCAGGAUGUCAUUUCGUGGGGCAAAGUGAUACCAGAGCGAUACAACGAGGAACGGGUUCGCAUCGUCGAGCUUUGCAACUGGGGAAAGGAUCUUGGGAUUGAUGGAUUUCUGCGCAUGGAAAUGGAUUUCGAGAUCAUGUUAUGCGACUUCACGGCUGGCGUGGAUGUGCUGUCCAUGAGCAAUCUCGCCAGCCCAAGACGCGCUCCUCCGCGGGAACGCGACGACGAUCGCUUCGGUGUCCAAGAUAGUGUGGACGUCAUCCAAUCUGGCUCCUGGCACAACCGGUAUCCUGGUGACAGACGAGUUCAACUGGAUCUAUCCAGGCUCGUAUCUUUCUAUGACACAGGUCUGGUUCCUAGCUUGGUGGCGGUCCGGUUCAACAGGACUAGAUGGGACCAUCGGCUGCUCGGCAUCAGCGACAGCGAUACUGCUGCUGUCCACCAGCGCCUCAUAGAGGCCUACGAUUCUUCAAUGAUCACUCAAGGAAGCGGCAUCGACUGGGAUACUCUCUUCAAAGUCGUCGUGGACCGAUAUGCGGAACGUUUAGAACUCGUGCAAUACGUGCUCUCCAACUCGACUAGGGGUGCCCUUGCGACUGCAAAGCGUGCUACGGGACUCUUCAAUGUUAUGCUGGCCCCGUAUCUAAUACAUUCGGCGAAACCGGCAGCAGAGUGGAUGCAUCCAAAGCAUGGGCGUCUCCCAUCUUUGAAUUCUGUGCCACCUCGCACACAUCCUACAUGCGAAACAGCGCCCGCGUGUACGGCUCACUGACGGCGGCCGAGCGACUGUUGCUCGACUCGGCGGAGGAAGUAAACCACGAGAUCUGCCGGGUGGUCGUCGGCCUUUGGGCAGACGGCGUCGUUGCCGGUUUGGAUGACAUGUAUCCUGCAGACUCGGGCUUCAGCCCGUUGACGAGGCAGUGCUUGUCGAACGCUGGCGUACAAAGAAGUCGUGCACUGAUCACUUGGCUGGACUGGAGUGUGUGGGUCAAAUGUAAGCCAGCAUGCAGCUUUGAGGAAUUCUGCUAUCUUCUCGACUGGCCCUACUUUAAUCGCCGAGCUGAGCCACGACCGCAAUCGCCUCCUCCUAGGCCACCUUGGCCCCCCGUUAUGACGACGACAUCCUUCAUCCACAACCCAGAUGUCUGCGUCGCUUGGAGCCAUAUGCCUUCUAGAUUUCCGACGCACCGUUGCCACGCGAUCCUGUCGCAAUUUCCUGUUUACAACCUGACUGGUGGAUGCUAGAAUUCCGCAUUUAUAACGUGAGAACAUAAAUGUACAGAAUGUCUUUUAGGCCCAGCCGACGAUGCAUAUGUAAGAGAACAGGAAAAAUAGAUAGCCAGUUCCUGCCAAAGACCGUGCCACAAACCUCUCAGGAUGUUAUCUCCGAUGAGAUGAUAAAAUUAAGGAAUCUACAUACACGGAGUGGUCCGACGCGACGGUUGCCACAGAUCAGGCGAACCGAACGAACUCGAGUCUGGAAGCCGACAAUAAUCUUUACCUAUCGUGCGGACUGCCCCUUCCAUGUCACCCGAUGGGAACACUGUGAAGCCGGCCAUCACCCGGCCAGCAUCCGCAGCCCGACGUUCGGAAACCA